GUGAGAAUGCUAAACCGACAUACUCACUCCUGAAUAAAAUCCCCAAAGUCAAAACCAUAUAACCAAUCCCACCCGGUUCUCCCUCCCCAUUCCCAAAUCCCAACACCACCUGUUUCUCUCCACUGCUUGCUCUUCUUCAAGUCUGAUCAGUGCAGUAAAACGCGAAGAACUAUUAACUGUUUAGAAAACAUGAGUUAACUUUUUAUCACAGCACAUGCAGUUGAACAUCGACCAGCACCGCGGAAUUCUUAAUUUAGUGUUAACCACCAAUCAUUUAUAGCAGUAGCCACACUCACCUAAAUGCGCUGCUCAUUUAAGCCAAUCAACAACCUCACCUCCCCUCUCUACUUCUUCCGUUAUAACACCCCCACCACCACCACCUGUCGUUCAUGCACUUCGCGCUACUCCUCUUUAUCUUUUUUCUCAAAUACCCCACGCGCAACUUCUCAGUCCCGCCGCAUCUGGUCGUUGCCUUCUGUUGCAUCCAUGGAGGUGGUUAAAGCAGUGUUUCGCCAGGGUGCUGCUGCUCAAGAUACAAUUGCUAUCAGAGCUGAAGAUAAGAGUUGCAGCUAUGGGCAGCUGAUUUCAUCUGCACGGAAGAUAUCUAAUAUCUUGAAUGGUGCUAAUUUAAAAACUAUGUCUGAAAGCAAUCAUGAAAAUCCUUCAGUGCGAAACCUUGAUGGAGCACGAAUAGGAAUCGUGGCUAAACCUUCAGCUGAGUUUGUUGCUGGAAUACUGGGGACCUGGUUUAGUGGUGGUGUUGCAGUUCCACUUGCACUCAGCUACCCGGAGUCUGAACUCUUACAUGUGAUGAAUGAUUCGGAAAUAUCGAUGAUUCUGAGUACUGAAGAUCAUCAUGAGCUAAUGCAAAAUAUUGCUGAUAAAUGUGCUGCUCAAUGUUCUCUCAUUCCAUCAGUACCUAGUGUUUCUUCACAUAUAAAUGCCUGUGAUGAUGGGGAAAUUGGAGAAAUAGAUGCAGGUGAGGUCCCUGCUUUGAUUGUAUACACUAGUGGCACAACAGGGAAACCCAAAGGAGUUGUUCAUACACACAAAGGCAUCAAUGCGCAGGUUCAAAUCUUGGCUGAAGCCUGGGGGUAUACAUCUGGUGAUAAAUUUCUGCAUUGUCUUCCUCUGCACCAUGUUCAUGGACUUUUCAAUUCUUUACUUGCUGCUCUCUAUGCAGGAGCCACGGUGGAAUUUAUGAAAAAAUUUAGUGUGAGUGGAAUCUGGCAGAGAUGGCGUGAAUCAUAUCCAACAAAUGGGAGUAAGGCUGAUGAUGCUAUAACCGUUUUCACAGGAGUGCCAACCAUGUAUACACGAUUGAUCCAAGGUUAUGGAGCCAUGGAUGCAGAGUUGAAAGCUUCUUCUGCCUCAGCUGCUAGACAGUUGCGUCUUAUGAUGUGUGGCUCAUCUGCACUUCCUCUUCCUGUCAUGGAACAAUGGGAAACCAUCACUGGACAUCGCCUUUUGGAGCGAUAUGGCAUGACUGAGUUUGUUAUGGCAAUAGCAAAUCCUUUAAGAGGUGAAAGGAAGGCUGGGACUGUCGGCAAACCGCUUCCGGGUGUUCAGGUCAAGAUCGCAGAAGAUGAGAGUGCAACUGAUGUGACAGCGGGCGGUGAACUUUGCAUCAAAAGCCCUUCAUUGUUCAAGGAAUACUGGAAACUUCCUGAGGUAACUAAGGAAUCGUUUACUCAUGAUGGGUUCUUCAAGACUGGCGAUGCUGGUAGAAUGGAUGAAGAUGGAUACUACAUAAUUUUGGGACGUACCAGUGCUGAUAUUAUGAAGGUUGGUGGUUACAAAUUAUCUGCUUUAGAAAUCGAAUCAAUUCUUCUUGAGCAUCCAGCAGUUGCAGAAUGUUGUGUUUUGGGUUUAGCAGACAAGGACUAUGGAGAAGCAGUGUGUGCGAUAAUUGUUCCAGAGGCAGAAACAAAGAUAAGACGGGAGAAAGAAUCAAAGCCUGUUAUCACCCUGGAAGAAUUAUGUUCCUGGGCUAAGGUGAAACUUGCACCGUACAAGCUCCCAACAAAAUUGUUAGUGUGGGACACAUUGCCUCGCAACGCCAUGGGAAAGGUGAACAAAAAGGAGUUGAAGAAAUCGCUUGCUGCUCAGCAAUAAAUUAUUUGGUUACAGGGAGUUUUAGAAUAAUUAUUCCUAUACCUUAAGCUGGAUGACGGCUAAUGCUUCUCUUUCUCUCCUUACUUUAUGCCAUGAUGGUUGUCAGAUAGAUGUAGAAGUGAGAGUAAUUGUCAUAAAUCAGGUCAUUUUAGCCUGGUAUAGCUUAUUAGUUGUAUGUGACUUGAUAAUAAGCUUCUUAUGUUGGAAGAACUCUGUUGAAGAAUAGAUAUUCAUGUCACUCUUUGAAUGUAAUGAUUGGUUUUUCCCGAGGGAAAAUAUAGUAAAACUGAGAGUUCGUGUUUAUCUAA